AUGGCUGACAGUCUUUAUGGUAUCAAGCAGGCUUCCAAAACAAAAGUCAAAGAGAUUUCCUCAUCCACAUCCCUUGCUUUCUCUUCCAAUCUUGCCUCACUAAUCUCCAGUAAAUCGUCGAGUAAAGAGAAAGCCACAUCUGGCCGACCUCGACCCUCAAACUCCAAAACAGACAUCUUCAAAGCCCAUAACAAGAACGUCAAAAAGCGCUCAGCUGCGGACCUCGAAGAUGGUCAACAGCGCCACAAAACAAGAGAUGAAAUCGGUUCCGUUGACGCCGCAGAGUUGCAUAGGUCCAAGAGGAAAAUGGAGGAUAAGGUCAGGAUAUACAAUGCCAUGAAGCGUGGAGAAUACGUUGGUCGGACUGACCAUGACGAAGGUGGCCUGGUGGAUUUUGAUCGGAAAUGGGCCGAGAAGGAGAUGGCACAUGGCACCGCCAGGGACGAGACUUCGGAAUCGGAAGAUGACAAUGUCACAGAUGAGGAUGAAGUCGUGGAAUACCUAGAUGAAUUUGGUCGACUUCGAAAAGGAUCCAAGGCGCAAGCUGCUCGCGAAGAGAGACGAAAGGCCACCAAAACUCAUCUUGCGGAAGAGGAGGCACGUUCUUCUGCACGGCCAGCUAUGCCAGAGAACAUCAUCGUUGGAGACACAAUCCAAUAUUCUGCCUUCAACCCAGAUCAAGUCAUCGUGGAUCGUAUGUCAGAAAUUGCCAAAAAGCGGGACAAAUCUGCUACCCCUCCACCUGAAACCCAUUACAACGCAAGUGCAGAGGUGAGGUCAAAGGGCACUGGCUUUUAUGCCUUCAGUCAGGAUUCUGAAGAGAGGAAGAAAGAAAUGGAAGCUCUGGAGAAGGAGAGAAUGAAGACAGAAAGUACCCGCAAGGAGAGAGAAGACAAAAAAUCUCAGCGAAAGAAGGAAAUUGAAGAACGACGCAAGCUGAUUGCCGCCCAGAGAGCUAAGGCGCAAACCGACAAGUUCCUGAAUGAGCUUGAAAUUGAUGGUCUUGGACCCUGA